UCAUCCUGGACCCAUAGCAGAAUGGCUGUAAUAUCCGGUUUGCUUUUGAGCUUCUGAAGAGAACGGUGGGUUCCCGCCGAGCCAGACGCAGGACAGCGCGAGGGGUGAGCGAGGGCCGCUGACAACCUGUCCCCAGCCGCGGCGGCCGCGCCAGGCUACCAUCACAUCUGAACCCACCACAAUGGCCCCCAUUUGUCUAGUGGAAAAUGAAGAGAAGCAGUUGAUGGUGAAUCCAGAAGCAAUAAAGAUACUUGACAAGAUUUCUCAGCCUGUGGUGGUGGUAGCCAUUGCAGGGCUGUAUCGUACAGGAAAAUCCUACCUCAUGAACCGCCUGGCGGGACAGAACCAUGGCUUCCCUCUGGGCUCCACAGUGAGGUCUGCAACCAAGGGCAUCUGGAUGUGGUGUCUGCCCCACCCCUGGAAGCCCAACCACACCCUGAUCCUUCUGGACACUGAGGGCCUGGGCGAUGUGGAAAAGGGUGACCCUAAGAAUGACUCGUGGAUCUUUGCCCUGGCUGUGCUUCUGAGCAGCACCUUUGUCUACAACAGCAUGAGCACCAUCAACCACCAGGCUCUGGAGCAGCUGCACUAUGUGACUGAACUGACAGAGCUAAUCAGGGCAAAAUCCUCCUCGACACCUGGUGAAGUAGAGGACUCUUUCAAGUUUGUAAGUUUCUUCCCAGACUUUGUUUGGACUGUACGGGACUUCUUGCUGGAGCUGGUGAUAGAUGGACACAGCAUCACGGAAGAUGAGUACCUGGAAGAUGCCUUGAAGCUGAUUCCAGGCAAGAAUCCCAAAAUCCAGAAUUCCAAUGUGCCUAGAGAGUGCAUCAGGCAUUUCUUUCCAAAUCGGAAAUGCUUUGUCUUUGACCGGCCAACAAAUGACAAACAUCUCUUAUUACAUAUGGAGACUGUGUCAGAAGACCAGCUGGAUAGUAAUUUCCAACGGCAGUUAGAAAAUUUCUGUUCCUAUAUCUUCACCAAUGCAAAAACCAAGACCCUGAGAGAGGGAAUCAUUGUCACUGGAAACCGGCUGGGUAUACUUGUGGAGACCUACGUGGAUGCCAUCAACAGUGGAUCAGUACCUUGUUUGGAGAACGCAGUGACAACUCUGGCCCAGCGUGAGAACGCAGUGGCCGUGCAGAAGGCAGCCGACCACUACAGUGAGCAGAUGGCCCAGCGCAUGAGGUUUCCCACAGACACGCUCCAGGAGCUGCUGGACGUGCACGCGGCCUGUGAGAGGGAGGCCAUUUCAGUCUUCAUGGAGUGCUCCUUCAAAGAUGACAGACAAGAAUUCCAGAAGAAGCUCAUGGAGACCAUAGAGAAAAAGAAGGAAGAUUUCUCACUGCAGAAUGAAGAGGCAUCUGUCAAAUAUUGCCAGGCUGAGCUUAAGUGGCUUUCAGAGCCCCUGAUGGAGGACCUUUCAAGGGGAACUUUCUCUGUUCCUGGAGGGCACAGUCUCUACUUAGAAGCAAAGAAGAAGGUUGAACAUGACUAUGAGCUAGUGCCUGGGAAAGGAGUUAAGGCAAAUGAGAUUCUCCAGAGCUUCUUGCAGUCACAGGCAGCAAUAGAGAAAUCCAUCCUGCAUUUAGACAAAUCCCUCACCGCUGGAGAGAAAGCCAUAGCAGCUGAGCGGGCCAAGAAGGAGGCAGCUGAGAAGGAGCAGGAGCUGCUAAGACAGAAACAGAAGGAGCAGCAGCAAAUGAUGGAGGCUCGAGAGAGAAGCUACCAGGAAAAUCUCUCACGACUGAAGGAGAAGAUGGAGAAGGAAAGGGAAAACCUUCUGAGAGAGCAGAAAAGGAUGCUGGAGCACAAGCUGAAGGUUCAAAAAGAACUGCUUAAUGAAGGAUUUAAAAUGAAAUCUGAAGAAUUGCAUACACAGAUAUAUCUACUAACGAAAGAGAUUGAAAAAACUGAAAAAUGUGAACACUCAUUAGGUUCUUGGAUCUUUGAUGAAAUUGACUAUUUGUUAGUUGGCAAAAUGCAAAGUCCUGACCUUGGUGGAACAGCUAAGCAGUCCAAGAAGGAGGCAGCUGAGAAGGAGCAGGAGCUGCUAAGACAGAAACAGAAGGGGCAGCAGCAAAUGAUGGAGACUCAAGAGAGAAGCUUCCAGGAGAACAUGGCCCAACUGAAGGAGAAGAUGGAACAAGAAAGAGAAAACCUUCUGAGAGGGCAGGAAAGGAUGCUGGAGCACAAGCUGAAGGCCACCGUGGCAUCUGAAGACAUGAGGGCCCCCAUAUGUCUGGUGGAAAACAAGAACAUGCAGCUGUCAGUGAAUCAGCAAGCUUUGCAAAUUCUCGAGAAGAUUUCUCAGCCUGUAGUGGUGGUGGCCAUUGUAGGGCUGUACCAUACAGGAAAAUCCUACUUGAUGAAUCGCCUGAUAAGACAGAACCGAGGCUUCCCUCUGGGCUCCACGGUGCAGUCUGAAACCAAGGGCAUCUGGAUGUGGUGUGUGCCUCACCCCUGCAAGCCCAACCACACCCUGGUCCUUCUGGACACUGACAGCCUGGACGAUGUGGAAAAGAGUAAUCCUAAGAAUGACUUGUGGAUCUCUGUCCUGGUCAUGCUGCUGAGCAGCACCUUCAUCUACAACAGUAUGGGCACCAUCAACAAUCAUGCCUUGGAGAAGCUACUCUAUGUGACAGAGAUGACAGAUAGAAUAAGAGCAAACUCCUCACCUGAUCAUAGUGAGGUAGAAGACUCAGCUGACUUCGUGAGCUUCUUUCCAGCAUUUGUGUGGACUCUGAGAGAUUUUCCCCGGGAACCGGAAGCAAAUGGACAACCUAUCAAUGCUGAUGAGUACCUAGAGCUUUCGCUGAAGCUAAAACAAGGUACAGAUCAAAAAAGUAAAAACUUUAAUGAGCCUCAGUUGUGCAUCCGAAAGUUCUUCCCAGAGAGGAAGUGCUUCAUCUUCGACCGGCCCGCUCCAAGGAAGUACCUUGUCCACCUGGAGCAGCUAAAGGAGGAAGAUCUGAACCCUGAAUUCAUCAAACAAACUGAAGAAUUCUAUUCCUACAUCCUCAGCCACUCCAAUGCCAAGACCCUCCCAGGUGGCAUCACAGUCAAUGGGCCUCGUCUGAAGUGCCUGGUGCUGACCUACAUCAAUGCCAUCAGCAGUGGGGAGCUGCCCUGCAUGGAGAACGCAGUCCUGUCCUUGGCCCAGAUAGAGAACUCGGUUGCAGUGCAAAAGGCCAUUGCCCACUAUGACCAGCAAAUGAGCCAGAAGGUGCAGCUGCCCACAGAAACCUUCCAGGAGCUUCUGGAACUGCACAGGGCCAGUGAGAGAGAGGCCAUUGAAGUCUUCAUGAAGAACUCUUUCAAGGAUGUUGACCAGAAGUUCCAGAAAAAAUUGAAGGCUCAACUGAAAGAAAAACAAGAUGACUUUUGUAAGCAGAAUGUGAAAGCAUCAUCAGAUCAUUGCAUGGCUUUACUUCAGGAUAUUUUUGGUCCCCUAGAAGAAGAUGUGAAGAGGGGUUUAUUUUCUAAACCAGGAGGUUACCAUCUCUUUAUUCAGAGGAAACAGGAGCUGGAGAAGAAGUACCACCAGGCACCCAGAAAAGGGAUCCAGGCAGAAGAGAUGCUGAAUAAAUACUUCAAGUCCAAGGAGGAUGUGGCUGAUUCACUUCUGCAGACUGAUCAGUCACUCACAGAAAAGGAAAGAGAGAUUGAAGUGGAGUGUAUAAAGGCUGAAUCUGCAGAAGCUGUAAACAAAAUUUUGAAGGAAAUCCAAAAGAAGAAUGAGCAGAUGAUGGAACAGAAAGAAAGGAGUUAUCGGGAACAUGUGAAACAAUUGAUUGAGAAGAUGGAGCAGGACAGGGCCCUGUUAAAGGCAGAGCAAGAAAGGACCCUCACUCUCAAACUUCAGGAACAAGAACGACUUCUCAAGGAGGGAUUCCAGAAUGAGAGCAGGGCACUUCAUAAAGAGAUCCACGAUAUAAUAAGAAGCACCUCAUCAGAACCGUCAUGUAACAUACUCUAAGAAUCCAAAGGACAUAAUUUUCCUAUUCAGCGCCUUCUCCCCAAAGAAUAAGUUGAAUGAGCAACUUCAGAAUGUCAAACACCUCUCACUCAACUAAACUCAACUUGGGGGAAGGGGAGGGUGGUUGUGGGACAAUUGAGUGGGG